AUGUCUUGGUGGAAUUCAAGUCCUUUUGAUGAAGUUGUAGAAAAAGCUACCUCAGAGCUACUGCCAGUUGGCCAAGAAAACCUACCACUCUAUUUGGAAAUAAGCGACCAGAUUAGAAGUAAGAAAGUGAACCCUAAAGACGCUAUGCGUUCUUUAAAGAAAAGGCUGGCACACAAGAACCCAAAUGUUCAGCUUGCUACGCUUUCUCUUGUGGAUACAUGUGUCAAGAACGGUGGUAAUGCCUUUUUAAGAGAGAUAGCAUCAAGAGAGUUUAUGGAUGAACUUGUAUCGAUAUUAAAAGCACCUACGGGCUGUAAUAUAGAUGUAAAGAACAAGCUGUUGGAAAUCAUUCAAACCUGGGGUAUGGCCUCAAGAAACAAUCGAGAUUUGGGUUAUAUGCAUGAUACCUAUGCUCUCUUGAAAGCAGAAGGAACCCAAUUUCCUCCUGUUCGAGAAAACUUGGAUGCAAUAUUUUUAGAAACAGCUGCUGCACCUGAAUGGUCAGAUUCAGAUGUAUGUGAAAGAUGUCGUACACCAUUCACACUUACGAAUAGAAAGCAUCACUGUCGUCGAUGUGGUGGAACUUUCUGUCAGCAAUGUUCUGCUAAAUCAUUACCUUUACCUCAACUAGGCAUCAAUGAGCCUGUACGUGUAUGUGAUGGAUGCUACAUCAAAGUAAAAUUAGAAAAAGCUGGGUCAACGUCCAAACCAGCCGCUGUGCCAAGCACUAAUGCCAAGACACCCAAUAUUCCACAACCACAACCAGAGAAUGAUUUUGAUGAUGAUUUAAAAAAAGCGAUUGAAUUGUCCCUAAAGGAAGCAGAACAGCAAAAGAACAGCUAUGGCCCAGGAUAUGUCAAAUAUGAGGCAAAGCAACAAGAGCCUGCCGUAGAGGAUGAUCCAGAUUUAGCAGCUGCCAUUGCUGCCUCGUUGAAAGAUCUUGAAAUAUCAAAGCAAGAAGAAAAGGUUAGCCGAGAUGAUUUGACUUCGGUAGAAAUGGAAAAUAUCUUGCUAUUCUCUACAUUAAUGGAUAGAGUGGCUGCAUCAGGAGGAGAUGUGUCUAGUGAUCCACAGGUUAAUCAGCUAUAUACUCAGGUCGGAACACUCCAACCAAAGCUGGUCAAGAGUUUGGAUGAAACUAUACGUAAACAUGGUGCAUUGAUUGAAAUACAUCAAAAAUUGAAUAUGGUUGUGAAAGCAUACGAUCGAUUAUUGGAAGAACAAAUUGCUCGUCAUCAACCCUAUACUUUGCCAACACCCAUAGACAAUAACUACUAUUCUCAACCUCAUCUUUCCCAACAACAACAACAGUAUUAUCCAUAUGACUAUUAUCGCUCUUUACCACUGGCAAAUGACACUACUUCAUUAACAACACCAGUUUCUCAUCAACCAGAGCAAAAGAGUCCUGUUGCCGAUGCACCCCUUAUUGACUUGUGA